CUGGUUCUCGGAGGGGAAGCAGCUUUCCAGAAGCUCCAGGCUCCGGGUGACAGAGCAGGUGCUCCUGCUGGGAGACCGGCUGGGAGAUCCUAACGGUCUCCAGCAGCAAUAUGGGGCCUACCCGGGCAGUUCCCACCCCAUACGGCUGCAUUGGCUGUAAGCUGCCACAGCCAGACUACCCACCAGCUCUAAUCAUCUUUAUGUUCUGCGCAAUGGUUAUCACCAUCGUCGUAGACCUGAUCGGCAACUCCAUGGUCAUCCUGGCUGUGACAAAGAACAAGAAGCUUCGAAAUUCUGGCAACAUCUUCGUCGUUAGCCUCUCUGUGGCCGACUUGUUGGUAGCCAUCUACCCCUACCCUCUGAUGCUGCAUGCCAUGGCCAUUGGGGGCUGGGAUCUGAGCCAGUUGCAAUGCCAGAUGGUUGGAUUCAUCACAGGGCUGAGUGUGGUCGGUUCUAUCUUCAACAUCGUGGCCAUUGCCAUCAACCGUUACUGCUACAUCUGUCACAGCCUCCAGUACGAGCGGAUCUUCAGUGUGCGCAAUACCUGCAUCUUCCUGGUCAUCACCUGGAUCAUGACCGUCCUGGCUGUCCUGCCCAACAUGUAUAUCGGCACCAUUGAGUAUGAUCCUCGCACCUACACCUGCAUCUUCAACUAUGUGAACAACCCUGUCUUUGCUGUGACCAUCGUCUGCAUCCACUUCGUCCUCCCUCUGCUCAUCGUGGGUUUCUGCUACGUGAGGAUCUGGACCAAAGUGCUGGCAGCCCGGAACCCGACGGGGCAGAAUCCUGACAACCAGCUUGCUGAGGUGCGCAAUUUUCUAACCAUGUUUGUGAUCUUCCUCCUCUUUGCAGUGUGCUGGUGUCCUAUCAACGUGCUCACUGUCUUGGUGGCUGUCAGUCCGAAAGAGAUGGCAGGCAAGAUCCCCAACUGGCUUUAUCUUGCAGCCUACUUCAUAGCCUACUUCAACAGCUGCCUCAAUGCUGUGAUCUAUGGGCUUCUCAAUGAGAAUUUCCGAAGAGAAUACUGGACCAUCUUCCAUGCUAUGCGGCACCCUAUCCUGUUCCUCUCUGGCCUCAUCUCUGAUAUUCGUGAGACUCGGGAGGCCCGUGCCCUGGCUCGUGCCCGUGCCCGCGCCCGAGACCAAGCCCGUGAACAAGCCCAUGAACAAGAUCGUGCCUGUGCCAGUCCUGUUGUAGAGGAAAUGCCGAUGAGUGCCCGGAACGUUCCACUACCUGGUGAUGCUGCAGCUGGCCAACCUGAACGUGCCUCUGGCCAUCCCAAACCGGCUUCUGGGCACUCCAGGUCUGCCUCUGCCUACCGCAAGUCUGUCUCUGGCCACCAUAAAUCUGUCUUUAGUCACUCCAAGCUGGCUUCUGGUCACUCCAAGUCUGCGUCUGGUCACCCCAAGUCUGCCACUGUCUAUCCUAAGCCUGCCUCUGUCCACUUUAAGGCUGACUCUGUCCAUUUCAAGCCUGCCUCUGUCCAUUUCAAGGCUGACUCUGUCCAUUUCAAGUCUGCCUCCAGCCACCCUAAACCUGUCACUGGCCACCAUGUUCCUGCCAGCAGCCACUCUGAGGUUGCCUUCAGCCCUGCCACCAGCCACCCUAGACCCACAGCUGGCUACAUCAAGCCUGCUACCACCCCCCUUGAGCCCACCACUGCUGAUAAUACUGAGCCUGCUACCACCAGCCAACUCCAACCAGUGAUCGUCAGCCACUCUGAGUCUGUUGCUGCUGACCACCCUGAGCUUACUGCCUCCUGUCACCCUGAGACCAUCGCUGCCGGCCACUUAGAGUGUGACAUCACUGACCUCCCUGAGCCUGUCUGCAGCCCUGCCAGUGGUUCCCCUGAGUCUGCUGCCAGCCUACCGGAGCACGCAGCCGCCGCUGCUGCCAACCUUCCUGACCCCACUGUGACCACCACUACCACCAAUGAUUACCAUAAGAUUGUGGUUAUUGAUGUUGAAGUUGAUUCUGAUGAAAUGGCUAUGUGAAAAAUGCUCUUAGGGGUGGCCAAGUAGUGAUCCACUUUCUAGUUUAUCUAGCAUAUGUAAUUCAAAGUGAGAUAACUUACGGCACCUACACACAGACACACAGACACACAGACAUGGACUCACAUAGUGUAAGCUACAUCCACCUUGUAGGCAUACUCCUUUACGUAACAUACUCUGAAAAAGUGUGUGUGUGUGUGUGUGUGUGUGUGCGCGCGCGUGUGCACAUGUGCAUGCUUGCUAUUUUAGAGAUCAAAUUUCCCCUAAGUUUGACAUCUGUUAUUCUGAGCCUCCCUUUCUUCCUGUAGUUGACCUUGAGCCAACAGUGAUCCUUGAAAUUUUAGACCUUGAUUUUUCCUCACUCCCAUGUCCCCCUUUCUCCCCUCACCUCAUUUCCUUCUUUUUCCUGCUUUCUUCUCUCAUCUCCCAGGGUUGGGGGAGGAGCGCUUCUCUAAGUAAAUGUGACUGCAAAGUUUUAUGUUUUAAAGUGUGUCAUUCUAUAUUGUACUUUUAAUGGCAGUCAGAAGGGUAGUUUUGAUAAAGUGCAAGUGCUUGAAACAGUUUCUUUUGUAAAUUUCAGCAACAAGAUAUGACCCAUAUCUGAAGAGCACAAUUUGAUAAGCUCUAUUAAAGUGCAUUUUUUUGCCUAUGAGUUCAAAUGGCAAAAGGGAAGAUAUGGCCAAACCGAAUUAUUUCUAAUUUAUGAAAAUUCAAAUAUCGGUGCUGAUUUUUAUAGUCAAACAUGAAUGCAAGUGAUGAGAUGUUUUUACCUUGUAGUCACUUACCUUUUUAAGCAUUCGCCAGAAUUUUCUUUCAUUUAGUUCCAGAGAAACAAAUUCAUUCAUAAACUAGUUUCUUGUCCUAAAAUCUAAAUUUGUAGUCAGUAGGAUCAAUUAUAGUCAUGUAUUUAAUAUUAUAAUUCAAUCCUACAAAUCCUAUAAUUCAAUCCUUCAAAUCCUGUCUAAAAAAAAGAGAUUUUUUUUGGACAGCCUGGUAUUUCUACAUAAUCAAUUUUUACAUUUUCCUUUUUCAUUCAGAAGGGAAUUCAAGGUAAUAGGGGAGGGAGACAGGAGGAAAAGAUGCCACACCAGCCAGUCCCAUUACCUUUGGCUGAGGUUCUGUCAUCCACAACAUUAAGUUGUACAUGUCUUGUAUCAGCACACCCGACAGCCCAGUAAAUGACUUUUGUCUAGAAUUGAAGAAAAAAUUGUUUAAUACAAAUUUCAACUAUUGAUUCAAACUAACACAUAAAGUUAAGUUUAUAAAAGCUUGUAAGGAUAAGUGGAAAUGUAUUAUACUGCCUUAAUUUGAUUCUGUACUUGUGGUAGCAAUUAAAUAAAAGUGAUU